AUGGCAGAUCAAGGUCAAGCUCUCGGGCCAGCGGCCGACGUGACCCCACCCUGGGGCGCAUUUCCUGCGGAGCAAUACCUCAUUCGUCAUUGGGACUUUUCGUCAACCGCCUCGGCAGGCGACCAGCGGCGCGACCUGAUCAGGGCCUUUACCCAGCUCGACGCUUUCCCUGAAGAAUGGGAUGCUACUGGUCGCAAGCGUCGGGCCACGACCGUCGCGCGCAUCCCAACAGAGCGCGAGGUCCGCGAGGUCCUCUCGCCUUGGCGGCCUCUUCGUUGGCGCGAUGCGGCACUGCAUUUGUGGCGGAACCGCAACGAUGAGGAGGUGUGGUUACGCACCCAUUACGACGAGGACUCGGACGCCAAGUUCAGUGAAUGGCGGGAAACGGACGAGGACUAUGAUCCGGCCUUUGAGGAGGACUGCCGCGAAUGGACGAUCCUCGACGACCCGGACCUAUUCAAUCGCGAUUGGUCCACCGUCUUUGAGGUUUUGCCAGAGCUUCUGGGCCCUGUGUACGAUUACGAUCCGUACUCCAACCGCCAUCUGGGCAGACCAGACAAACUCCAAGAGCUGCGCGAGAAUCUGCGCAACUCGGCCGACCACUUGACACCAGACGAGGUAGAGGCUGGCCGCGCUGGCCAGGACUUACAGUCGAAUGUUGUGGCGAGCUUUCUCAUCGUUGCCGACCUCGAGGCCUUCGAGACGGACAAGUUGCGUCUUUUGUUCCUCGACGCGCGCGGGAAUAUUGUGCGCGAGUCACGACUACCGUGCACAGAAACGUGGGAAAUGCGAGAUGCGUGGAAUGCUCGAAAGUUCCGGGACAGUAACUUCUGGAACGAUCGUCAUAGGAGCAACCCAUACGCCAAUCGAGACCCUGGAAGCGAAUUGGGCGAGAAGUAUACAAUCUCUGGAGAGAUUGGACGUGUGUUGUAUGCUCUAGAUUGA